GGCAAUCAGGGAGUGCUGCUUUCCGGGUUUAUCGGCGAGUGAAAGUCCUCGGGGGAUGCUGGAGCCCCUGCGCUGGGGAAGGCCCAGGGCUGGAUGACAGGGGGCGGGCAGGGAGGACGAGGACCGAGCACUGUUUCAGCCCCCAGCUCCAUCUUCCCUGGGCUGCAGCCUCCGGGCACCUGUGGAGGAAGCCGCCGUCUCCGCCUCCCCGCCGGCUGUGAGGGUCCAGGGAGAUGGCUCCUGCCUUCGUGCUGUAGCAGUCAGAGGUAUUUGGUUGUAUCUUUUGGUGUGCCCUUCACACUGGUGUUCCUGACUUGCAUUUGGGGCUACUGUUUUCUCUGAAGUCCACUUUUCAUCUUAUCAAUGACUGGGGGUGAAGAGGACAACUUGAAGUUUCCCUGAAUUGUUCUUGCCUCAUUGAGUGAGAAGAUGAGACCAAAAGGGAGAACCUAGGUGUACUGAACAUUUUUUUAAAAAUCCCAGAAGGGAAGACUCUUCGCCAUGGCCACCAGCGACUCUCACCCAGAGUGCCACCCAACCUCAACUCUCCAUGGCCAACCCCUCUCCAAGAGUUCCUCCAACCUCCUGGGUGAAAGACCAGGCAAUGGGCAAGAGCUCCGGAAGACUGUCAGUAGCACAGUCUGCCAGAGUCCUACUGAGGAGGAUGACCCAAGCCAGCUGGCUGGAGCAAGCGGCAUUGGGGCCACAGAGGGAAGAGAAGUGGAAAGCACACUGAGAGCAGCCAGCCAUGUCUCGUGCCCAGCCCCGGCACCCUCCCCCUGGCAGGAGAAGAGCUCAGUGUUCCGCUCUAAGAGCAGCACUGUUGGAAAUGUGUACUUCAUGGGGGAGAAUGACCCAUCACCAUCGAGCUUGGGAGUGCCAGGGGUUGUGGUACAGCGAAGUCAUUCUGAUCUAGCGUCAGGCUGUAGGCAUCUCAGCCUCAACGUGCCCAUGGAAGCUAGUGUUAGCUGUUCUGCUCUGGGCUCCUCACCAAGUGGAAGAAGCGGCCUCGUGCCAAGGAAUGUGUUGAUCCAGAGGUCUGGCAUGGGGCAUCAUGACAGCGUGGACCCAGAUAGGCAGCCUCCUCAUCUUGACCCUCAAGGUUCUGCUGGCAAUAGAGAAGGCGAUCCAGUCUCCCAGGAUGCUGAGGCUGGUAGAGAUGCAGUCGGUACUUUACCUGGCACGGUGGUAGACAUCCAGAUAGCUGGUGACAGUAGUGGGGGUGACUCAAUUCAAGAUCCAGGUGGCAGGACCCAAAGUAGCAUCCCCCCAUGCUCUGUGCCCAUGGCUCCUGGGCACAUGGCCACCCCCUCUUCUCCCUACUGUCCUAGACAAGCAGAAACUUCUGCAAAGACGAGUGAUACCCACUCUGCCUACUGCCACCCCCUGCCCAUCCCAGCCCUCCAGGUUGGCCCUGGGAUGCUAUGCCCCAUGAAUGAAAUGGGCGUCCCUGGAUGCUGCCAUGUCCUGUCCACGUCAGAGAUUCUGACAUUUCCCAAGCUGGUGUCAUCCGUGAGUGAAUCUGGCCUCCAUAACCAGCACUUGGUUAGAUAUCGCAGACUGGCAGAGGAGGCCCCUGUUUGCAUUCAUUGUUAUGCCCCGACCAAGUGCCCACAGCAGGAAUCCACAGCAGGUUCUACACUCCAGCCAGCCGCAGACCCGAUCACCAAGACCAAAGAUGUGUCGACCAUGACCUCCACUGGAGACCUGGCUUUGGGACCAUCGGCCUCUUUGCAUUGCAGGGAUGCGGAGGUACAAACGGCUCCGUCAACGGCCUGCAAGGCGGUGGCCACCAGCCCGCCCCCUCUCAAAGAUCAGGUGCCCCCCCACGUAUUCCCGGAGGUGAACCUCGAGGUCAGCAGAGAGGAGCCCAAAUCCCCGGUGCGAGAGGUCAGAUGGGACGAAGAGGGGAUGACGUGGGAGGUGUACGGAGCUUCCGUUGACCCAGAGGUCCUGGGCUUGGCCAUCCAGAAGCAUCUGGAGAUUCAGAUCGAACAGUUCCAGACGGUUCCCUCGAAAGAGGGCACACAACCCGGUGGUGAGGAGGCCCUGAUUAAGGAGGGAAAGAGAAGGCCAUUUCGAACCAUGAUCCAGUCCCUGAGACGUCCUAGCUGCUGUGUCCACUCAAGCACAGCUGUAGAAUAACCGAGAUGCCCUUUCCUUUCUCCCCUGAGACUUUAUGGGAACGGCCAGUUCCCUAUGCUAUAGAAGACAAAUUAUUCAGGAAAAAAAGUCCAUGCAAAGCCUUCUGGGAUUGGGAUGCCAGCCUGUUUGAAGAAGAAGUAUCUGAGGCAGUCAUUUCAUUAGCAGCCCUUGGGUAGACCCAAGUGGGAGGAAAAGGGAAAGAGGUAGAAAUUGUCCGUCGACUGCCAUUGAAAAAUUUCUGCCUGUUGACUCAUCACCCAUCUCUGCCUUCCUGUGCUGGAGCAAGCCUCCAGCUCAUUAUUUAGGUGCCAUAAGCACUGCAGCGUGUUUCUGGGGUUGAAAGGGAGGAUCCUACCCAUCGCAUCUCUUCUUCCUGGGGACAAGCUUUCCAAGGGGAGCUCUGAAGCAUUGGCGGUUUUCCUUUUUUCAGUGUUAAUAUUGGUUAACCUCAUUUCAGACCUCAUGCUGUAGUCUUACGAAACCUCGAUACCAAAUGUGAACCCUCCCCCAGCCCAGCCCAGCCCUCCACCUGAGAGUGAUUGCCUUUCAGGCCUCGCUCGGUUAAUGAAUUACUAAGUGGCUCGGGGACUUCUGCUAGGUCUGAGUUAUUUCUUCACUGCAAGUAGAGUGGACGGUUUCCAAAUGCCUGCUUCAGAACACAUUGAAUCGCAGUGGGUAUGACCUGUGCCUGGGUCUUGUGAACAGGCAGGACCGUGAGCGAUGUCUGCUUUCAGGGACAUCCGUAAGACGUAGGGUUCGAUGUCAGGGACCCCAAGAAAGGACCCUCGCCCCCACGCUGUGUGAAGCUGCCCCCAACUCCACAAUUGAGCAUCUUCCCUGUACUUAAGGCUCUCUGGCCCUUCUCAAAAUGCAAAUACCACUGGAGAAGGGGUGUCACACAUUAAGCCUUAGAAGUCACAUAAACUUCCCUGGGAAUAAGCUCCUUUUCUCAGAACAAGUUUUGAUGGGGAAGGUAGAGACAAAGGUGCUGGGAUGCCUAGAAAUUCCCACAUUUCGUAAGUGUGACUACACCAUCGUGGUCUUGGGAAACCAUACCGUAUAAAUGCAGCUUACAUUCAAGGAGGCAGCCCUUCCCUUCAUUCCCCCAAGCCCAGGAACCUGGGGUAUCAUCCUGUCAUUUUGGGGGUUCCCCACAGACACUCAGCCAGUAGCCCAGACUUUUACAUAACAAACUGCAAGACACACAGGUGUUGCCUUUUUAAUGAUGACACGAGUGCUAGUGAGGUCCUUUGGACAUUGCAUGGGUCCCGUCCCCCAUACAAAGAGCUUCAGAGUCAGCAUGUGUGUUGUAAAGUUGGCAGAUGGAUGGAUGGUCAUCUCUUUUCAACUGAGCCCUCAAGGCCUCUCCAGAUCUUCCCGUGCGGAUCAUGGAAUAUGGACGGAUGCCAGGCUGCCUGCACGAUCAUUUUUAAACCAGGAAAAUUGGAUCUGGAGAAGAAACUAAUGCCAACCUUCCCCUUUGUUUGGGGGAAAAGAUCUGAGCCUGAGCCUUGAGUUCUCCUGGUUGCUCGUGACUGUUUUAUUUUAUUUUAUUUUAUUUUUUUAAGAAAGAAAGAAACCAUCAUAGUAUUCUGGUACCAAAGUGAACCUAAUCUGUGUUCUUUUUGCACUGAUCCAUGCUGCUUAGCACCUCAGUUUUGAGAUUUGUGUGUGUAUAUGUAUGUGUAUGUGUGCAUUGUGUUUUUUUUUAAAUGAUAUGUAAUGAAAGGGCUAUUAUCACCCAGUGAUAUGAAAUGUGCUCACACUGCUUCCUCUGAUGCUUUUUCCUCUCUUCUCUGUAAGGUUGUCUCUUGUGCUAUUUUAGUGUAUUGGUAUGCAUGUGAUCGUUGUGGCAACAUGAAAAAUGUGCCGCCCUUGGUGUACAAAGCUGACAUUUCUAAAUUGUAGCUCCAAAAGUUGAUACGGGUGUGUGCUGAGAUGCCCUCAUUUUCUCCUCUGUUCUCCCUUUUGAGCAGUGGCAAGGGAUCAGCUGGAAUCUACGACUAGAGCUUGGGGUCAAUCAAUGGCCAGGCAAGAGGUCAGCUGGAAUCUAUGGCUAGAGCUUGGGGUCAAUCAAUGGCCAGGCAAGAGGUCAGCUGGAAUCUAUGGCUAGAGCUUGGGGUCAAUCAAUGGCCAGGCAAGAGGUUAGCUGGAAUCUAUGACCAGAGCUUGGGGUUAGUCAAUGGCCAGGCAAGAGGUUAGCUGGAAUCUAUGACCAGAGCUUGGGGUCAAUCAAUGGCCAGGCAAGAGGUCAGCUGCAAUCUAUGACCAGAGCUUGGGGUCAGUCAAUGGCCAGGCAAGAGGUCAGCUGCAAUCUAUGGCCAGGCAAGAGGUCAGUUGGAAUCUAUGGCCAGGCAAGAGGUCAGCUGGAAUCUAUGACCAGAGCUUGGGGUCAAUCAAUGGCUAGGUAAGAGGUCAGCUAGAAUCUAUGGCCAGAGCUUGAGGUCAAUCAAUGGCCAGGACUUGAGCUAGUUCUGUGGCUAUCUUGUGCUCCAGUUUUGAUUGGAGUGAAGAGUUCCAUCUGGGUCCAGGGGUCAGUGUUAGGGCUAAAUCUGUGACUGGGGUUGGGUUGGGAUCAGUCUCUGACUGAAAUUAAUGGUCUGUCUUUGGUUGGGGGGGGAGGGGGUUUGUUGAGGAUUAUAGCCAGAUUAGGCAAGGCCCAGUUUGUAGCUAGCUUUACAUUCUAGAGGUAUAAAUUUGGAGCUGGCACGACAGACCAGUUGGUCCAACUUGUCUCAUUUUGCCAAAUAGCUAAUAAGUGUCAGAGGUGGGAUUUGAACCAAAGUCUUCCUGGCUCCAAGUCUAAAACUCUUCACUAUGCCAAACUCCUUAUCCUAAGGCUUUGGCCAGGACUAAGGGUUUAAAGGUCAGGACUCAGGUUAUAGCCACAGUUAGGGUAUCAGUCUAUGGCCAGGGUUAGAGGGUCAGUUUGGUCACAGAAAUUAGCUCUUAGCUCAGUCUAUAGUCUGUAUUUAGGGGUUUGGACUUAGAUUAGGACUCAAUCUAGGACCAGAGUUGACAGAGGAAUGCCACUGUGGCUGGAUUAAGGAUUUUGGCUGAUUCCUAGGUUGGGGUAGGAGUGGGGUCGAUUUGUAUUAAAGGUUAGGGAGUUGGUCCUUGGCCAAGGUUAGGGGUUAAUCUUUGGGUGCAAUUAGGAGCUCAGUCUCUUAUUGGUAUUAAGGGAUCAGGCUGGGAUUAGGGAUCAUUUUAUGUAUAAUUAGGGCUGGAGUAUUACGAAUUUGUGGCUGGGUUUAGGGUACAUUCUCAGUCUCCUACCAGUGUUAGCAUCGCAGCCUCUAGUCAGGGAACCUAGGGUGGUGAUUAUUAUUUUUUUCCUGUGCAAAGCUAACUGGCCUCUGUGGGGACUGAGCCCAAAGUGCUGCCAUAAUUAUGUCUAAGUUCUAACUAACCGAGUUAAUUAGUUCCAAGUCCAACAACUCAGUGAUCAAUGUGGGCUUAAUAAUGAAAUUGGAUCAAGAAAAUGCAUCUGUCCAGUUCAGCCAUAAGUCUGACACCUGCUGUGGUUUAAUGUUUACAAUGUCACUAGUUCAGUCCUUUGGUUGUGAUUUUAUUUUAUAAUAUGACUUUUGGGGUUCCCUUAUGAUUGUGUGUAUUUGUUAAAUCAAUAUGAAUAAGAAGGCAGCUUCCAAAACUUUGCCAAGAUGGUGGUUCAUUUCAUGCACGUGCCUAGCGAUGAAAGUUGUCCCCCCCACUGUAGAAUCAAAGGAAAGCCACAUCGUCAGGGAAAAUCAAUAGUCCAAAAAGGGAUUUGUGUAGUAAGCAUAGAUCCAAAGUCAGGGUGGAUUAGAAGAUGAGGUUUUUUGAGUAUAUGAAAAACAGGCGAAGGGGCCCCAUACCCUGUCUCAAUUCAUUUGCACCAGAGAAACUGAACUUGGUGAGAGAUGGGGUAAGGAAGCUUACAGGGUUGGGAAAGGAACAAUCUGGAGAUUUUUUAUUAAUUUAUUUUGGUUAGAGCACAUCUAGUCAUUUGUGGUAUAGAAUCAUGAAGUCUUAGAUUUGGUUGGGACAUUAGAGGGCAUCAAGUAAAUGGUUAGGAAAUUUAAAAACUAUCCCAUUGAUGAGGAAUCCAUCUUUUACUUUGUAAAACAACCUGUUCUUUUGUUUAAUGAGUUUAAUUUUGUAGAAUGAGGGACUUUACCCUGAGAUGCAUCCUCCCCUUUCCCCAAAAGCUAUUCCAGAUUUUAGAUACUUUGUAGAUUAAAAUCCUUUCAGAACCAUAGUUUGUAGGUGCUCACCAGUGUGUUUACUUUUACUAGUCGUUCAGGAGGGGCAUAAAGUUUAAAACAAAGGCAUUUAAUGAAAUAGCAUCAUGAUGGCAAUUAACAACAGAACAUCCAGAUAGAAACCUUGACCUCACUCCCACAAAUAAUCAUACUCUCAGUGGGAAGACCAAAUACGUAUAAUAUGCCAUUGGGGAUUUGUAUGUUGCCAAAGCACUUACAACUUGGAGCACACAAGCGGGGAAUAUGUGUGACUUGGGCACAGAUACGAAGAAGCAACACACACCUCGGAUGCUGCACAUCCACCGAUAUCUUCUGGUUGGUAUAUUGUGGUGAAAAACAGCCUGUUCUCCAGGCAUCAAAUCUCAGCUUUUCCCUUUGGGGUUUUAUAUCUUCCCUCCAGUUGUUAUUGUUGUUCAUUUGUUUUCAGUCAUGUCAGACUCUUCAUUAACCCCUUUGGGGAUUUUCUUGGCCAAGAUAUGGAGUGGUUUGCCAUUUCUUUCUCUAGUUUAUUUUACAAAUGGGGAAAUGUUAGGCAAAUUGGGUUAAACGACUUGUUCAGGGUCACACAGCUAGGAAGUGUGUGAGGUCAGAUUUGAACUCAGGAAGAUAAGUCUUCCUGACUCUAGACCUGGCAAUCUAUCCACCAUGCUUCCUAGAUGCCCUUCAUUCCUGGUAGUUUUCAGUCAUCUUCAGAAUAACCUAAUAUCCUGCCCCAAUUCUACCAGGAAUGCUGUGGAUAGUAAGCCUCUUUGCUCAGUCAGCUCCCUUUUAGCCAAUGGCUAUGAAGAUUUUAUUGGCCCCAGACAGAAGAUUAAAGGUGAUCAGGCCAACAUCACAUCAAUUCUUUGAAUGAUUUUAUUUUUAUAAUGUUUAUUAAUGUCUUUAUGUGCUUACAUCACAAUAAAUGUACUUAUAUAUCCUUCGUUUAUCCACUCCUAUUCUUCAGUUUUAACAAAGAAAACAAUCAAGAUAAAUACACCAAUGGCUAUCCAGAUAGGCUAUGUUUGCCAUCCAUAGUUUUCUGAUUCUGUAUUCAAUACUGUUCACUGCAUUUCUUCAGAA